ACUGAGAAAAUACAAAAAAGAAAAAAGUCUUCAAAACAAAAGUUGAAUUAAAAACCUAGAUAAAACGCUCAGAAAAUAAUUAGCAUUUGAAGCCGAAACUGCGACUUAAAUAGUAUGUCAAGUGCUUUGAAAUCACAGACAAUGCAAUUUUCCCCAUAGGCUUAUACACGUGUAGCACCGCUGUUAUCAGCGGCUUUAACCAGCCUAGUUACAGUCCGCCAGCCGCCCAUCACCCGGUCUGCCAAAUGCCACCCUUAGUGCUAAAGAUAACAUAGUUACAUAUUAUAAAUAAAUAAAAUACGUAAUUUAACUUAAUUAAAAACUACAUUAUAUAUCAUAAAAUUACACUGCUGAAUAAAAGUUUUCGUCCUGCUUUUUAACAAUUUGAGGCAAGUAAAUUUUUUAAGAUUAAAAAAUAGAAACAGUAAAAAAUUGUAAUUCCACUGCACCAAAGCUAUAAUACCCAUUUCAGGUGCAUUUCUUGUGGCAUAAAAUAUCAUAAUUUAUCUUGAUUUUGAUCCAUCAGUUUGUAUUGCAGCUAUGGUUAGUGGUUUGCUAUCGGCGAUACAGACAAUUGAGCAGGUUCUUGGGGAAGAAAGAGCGUGUACAAAUUUUCAGAGCAAUAUAUUAUAUCAAAAACUGAGAGACUAGUUCGCGUAUAUACAGAGGGACGAACGGGCGUCGUCGCCUUGAUCAUUAAUAUACAUAGUAUAUGCUUUAUAGGAUCUCCGGGGUUUCCUUCUGGGUGUUACAAACAUCUUGAUGAAGAAUCAUAUAUUAUAUAAAAAAUAUAAAAAACGAAUAGACCACAGAAACAAUUUAGCAUGCGAGAAUGCUUUGCGUGACAUUAAAAAAAGCAUUCAACGAUGACUUGCACAAAAAAUCGUAAAUUUAAAAAAUAUUAUAUUACAAUUAUGCCGAAUCCAUUAACGCAAGUAUUUAUUCAGCCAAACGAGCGUCGGUGAAUUGUAAACAGACUAAAAUGUUUUCAGCAAGUGAUUUUUAAGAUAUGAGAUCCACACCUCUUCUCCAAUUAUUGCCUUGAUUCGCAUUGAAACCUGAAAUAACAUCCUCCCCUUUAUGUUUUAUGUUUCUUGCCUUAUCGGUUACAGACUUAUAAUACUUUAAGUAGUAUCAAAAUUUACCGUUCACUGAAAUUUGAGAUGAUAUGAUAAAUUGCACCCAAAAGCUGUGUCAUGAUCCCGACAAAUUGCAUAACCAUUGCACAAAUAUAAAAAACUAGAAUCCGACACCUACGUACGUAAGCAUUUCUUCUUCAUAUGUACGAGUAUGUGUGGACGUCAAUAAAAAUUGUUGAAUAUAUCAUAGUAGCAGUCGUUAAACGAAAAUAGUCGCCACAAUUACUUCCUGAGGCGAGCUCAAAUUAAAUGUAACGCCACAAGUCACAACAGAAAUAAAUUCGCACAUACACCCAUACGUACAUACAUACAAACGUAUAUAAGUCCAAAUUUAUGUACGUACGAAUAACGGUACUUUCACAACUACCGAUUAAAUUCACUAGUGAUCAGUUUAAAAAUAGAAAAGUAUACUGAGCCCACCACACAGCUUGCCAAACAUUAAUAAGCUCAUAAACACAUAUACACACAUAGUAUAUGUAAUUUUUAUAUAAGUGUGGCAAAUUCUUGUUGAAAACUGACUUUCAUAUGAUUUUAGACGAGAAUGAAAGUACCCUGCAGGAAAUUGUACAUUGCAGUUUUACAAUUUAGUAAUCUUUCAAGCAAUUUUUCAAACAUUUUUUUCUUUUUUUGUUAAAAAAUUUUCAAAAUUUUUUUUACAACAAAAUUUCCAAAAAGUCUAGUAUACCUUCAAUUUAUUGUUACAUUUAAAUAAAAAAAAUUAUCUUAAUAUAAAAUGCUCAAAAUAGCUUUCACAACCAAGGGCAAGCACAUAGAAGAGCAGCGGCGAAUAUCAGGGGUCCCGGCAAUUCUAACUUUUAUAAGUAAACUGUUUUACUACCAACAACUUUUAUACUAGCUACAAGAAAAAUAGUUUUCCAUAUUAUUGAAAGUAAUUUCUUUGGUCAUAAUAAGAUAUUUGAUUAAGUUUAAUGUUUAUUAUUUAACUAAUCCAGAGUCUUUAAAUUUUACUUAAGCUUUUUCCAUAAAAAAAGCAAAAUUGUUUUAGGGACGGUUCAGCAUCACAGGAACAGCGAAAUUUUUUUUCUUUUAUGUAUCACGGGUUUUUUCAAAACCGAAGGAAUAUUACUUCUAACAAAAUAUUUAAAAAAUUUAUAAUUAAAUAUUUAAAAUUUGCUUUUAACAAAACAUUUACAAAUAUGCUUUUAACAAAAUAUUCAAAUAUUACUUCUAACGACAUAUUUAAAUAUUACUUUUUAAAAUCAUUAAACAUUAUACUUAUAAAUAUAUCAUUCUUAUAAAAAAAAUAUCUUAAAAUAAUGUUAAUAAAAUAUUUAAAAACUACUUAAAAAAGUUAAAUUACUUCUAGCUAAAUUAUUAUUUAAAAAUUACUGCCAACUAAAUAUUUAAAAAUUAUUCCUGAACUUUUUUAAAACAAUGUAAAAAUUUCAAAUACAAAAAGUAAUUAAAACUUGUUGUAAUAAAGAAAUAUUUAAAUAAAAAGAAACCCGAAAAGCCCUAAUUGAAAUGUUACAAGGCAAAAUACUUCAAGAACUCAUUAAGAAACACAUUUAAAUAUAUACGAAAGACAAUAUACGAGUAAUCUAAUCAGCUUUUAUGCCGUGCCUUAUAGGGUAGCGGUAACCUUAACUUUCAUUCCCACUAAAAUGUGGUCUCCAAUUUUCGCAAACCAAUACCAAUACACGUUAUAUUUCGUAUAUGUAUCCUCCUGUACCACAAGUACUAUAUAUUAUAUAGAUAUUCACGAGUACGUUUGCUGCCUUGAUCCACAAAUAAAUAGUUCAGAAACGCUUUAGAAUGGGUCAUUCAUAAGUUAGCCCUCACUUCCGUCAUUUGCGGCGUUGUUAGCGGAAGUCUACAACUUGCUGUAAAAACUAUAUCGUUACAUACACGUACGAGUAACGAGUAAGCUGAGCAUAAUAUCCGCGUCCGCCAGCUGGCAUACCAAUUAUUAAAUUGUCUUUACAUCAGUAAGACGUGCGAAAAUACUUAAUAAAUACAUAUGUAUGUGUGUGAGGAGAGAAAUAUAUACGCGUAAUUGAAAUAAAAAAAUAAACGAAAGUUUAAAUUUUGUGUAGAAAUUAUAAAAUCUGUGCAGAAAAAAGGAAAUAUACUUCACAAUUGCUUAAAAGUGAUUUAAGAAAGCGUAGUCGCAUUCGUUUCCGUACAAAAAAUAAAUAAAAAUGAUGAAAAAAAAAUUUUCUUUUAAAUGUGUAAAAUUAUUAAAAUUAUCAUUUCCUUAGCAGUAUUUUCCAGAAAAAAGAGUAAAGCAUAGAUCAAAACAAAAUCGAAAUCGAAAUCGAAAUCGAAACCGAUUCGAGUCGAAUUUAAUAUACAAUAAAAAAAGAAAAAACAAAAUCUUAAAAAUAAAAUAACAUAAGUAAUUAAACCAAAAGUAUUAUUUUCGUCUACACUUAAAUGAACCACGUUCAACCAAAAACAACAAGCUAAACGUUACUUACAUACUUAAGUAUAUAUAUUAAAAGUAUUAUUAAAUUAAAUUAAAGAGGACAAAAUGAUUGUGUUAAAAAGAGUUGUGAGCACGCGUUAUAUUCCCAUCGGCGCGCUUGUCAUUCUAAAUCUAUGUUUACGCGCGAGCUUUGGGCAUACGAUCCCUGCCAAUGCGAUACAGAAACGACUCUACAAUGACGGCGAGCCGGUCUCUUGCCAAAUCUAUUGCCAUGGACCGCUGCUCCACGCGGUACAAAUGGCCCACCUUUACAAGGACUCAAAAACGUUUGUCGACAUGAAGCUGAUAAAUCGGCCAGAACAAACUAUGGAAGAGUUCAACGCGUUCAUGCUUAAGUACAAUAAUACACCAUCCGAGGCGGAACUACGGGAUUUCGUUGAUACACAUUUCGAAGAGCGCGGUAAAGAAUUCGAGCCUUGGAUACCGAAUGACUGGAAGGAAAAUCCUGAAUUCUUAAACGCCAUCAACGAUCCAGACCUCAAACAAUGGGGCUCCGAUUUGAAUGGUAUUUGGAAGGAGUUGGGCCGCAAAAUGAUUGAAGACGUGCACAAGAAUCCAGAAUACUAUUCGAUAAUACCUGUUGAUAAUCCAGUUAUAGUGCCGGGUGGUCGUUUCAUCGAAUUUUACUAUUGGGAUUCUUAUUGGAUUAUUCGCGGUCUAUUGUAUUCGGAGAUGUACGAAACGGCACGUGGCAUGAUCGAAAACUUUUUAUCCAUUGUACAGAGAUUCGGUUACAUACCGAACGGUGGUCGUGUUUACUACACGGGACGUUCACAGCCACCAUUUUUGACUUCUAUGGUCAAGGCCUACGUUGACUUUAAAAAAGAUUACAGUUUUGCUUUGGAAGCUUUGGAUACGUUGGAACAUGAAUUUGAAUAUUGGAUGAAUAAUCACACCGUACAGGCGAAGGGUUAUGAUGUUGCCAUCUAUACAGAUAGCUCCACCGGUCCACGACCGGAAUCUUAUCGUGAAGAUGUUCUAACAGCGGAAGCUUUCCGCACCGACGAGGAUAAGGAACAGCACUAUACCGAAUUAAAAGCCGGCGCCGAAUCGGGUAUGGACUUCAGUUCACGUUGGUUCGUCAAUGAAAACGGCACAAAUGAAGGUGAUCUUGCCGAAAUAAAGACACGCUCAAUUGUACCCGUCGAUCUCAAUGCGUUACUGUAUAUGAAUGCGAAAAUAAUUGCAGAAUUUCAUGACAAAACGGGAAACAAAGCCAAAUCCGAUGAAUAUGAAUUGAAGGCUGCAAAGAUAUUAGAGGCUAUCCAAGCUGUACACUGGAAUGAGGAAGCCGGUGUUUGGCUGGACUACGAUAUGAUCAAUCAGAAACCACGUAAUUACUUUAUACCCACCAAUUUGUUACCACUCUGGACGGGCGCAUUUAAUAAAUCCGACACAGAGAGAAUCUCGGCAUCUGUGCUAAAAUACAUUGAAGAUUUGAAAUUGGACAGCUACCCCGGUGGCGUGCCAAAUACGCUCGCGGCUACGGGUGAACAAUGGGACUUCCCUAAUGUGUGGCCACCAAUGCAAUAUUUGCUUAUUGGCGGUUUGGAGAACUUAGGUACGCCCGAGGCAAAGAAACUGUCAGAGCGAUGGGGACAUCGAUGGGUGAAAUCGAAUUUCGAGGCAUACAAACAGACGCAGACGAUGUUCGAAAAGUACGAUGCGAUGACAUUCGGCGGCCAUGGUGGCGGCGGAGAGUACGAGGUGCAGAAAGGCUUUGGCUGGAGCAAUGGCGUUAUUAUUGAGCUCCUCACAAAAUAUGGUGGCGACUUGUCACUAUCGAAUAGUGCGGUAUCAACAGUUUCGGUAAAUACAAUUUUCAGUUUGACUGUUGCGCUGCUGAUUUCGGUGUUUGGCGCAAUGCUAGGACAAUCGCUGUGGUAAGAGUCCAAUUAAAGUCGUCUGACACACUUUUAAGGCAGAUAAAGACGUGAUUGCAUAUGACCAUGACUUGCUUCGUUACUUACACACACACAGAGAGAACUUUGUGUGCAAUUGCAGUGCCUUAUGUAUUUUUUCAGUGACUUGCAUUAAUUUAUAGCACAUGUAUAUAUGUAUAAUUUAAAUUUAUUUUAAGUUUUAUUUCAACUUGCACAUUACACUAAUUACGCUCUUAUACAUUUUAUUUAUUAUAAUUUUAUUGUUCUUUUCUUGCUUUGCUUUGCUUUUAAUAAAAUAUAUUUAUGUAUAUUGUUGGCAAUAGUUUAUUAGCUAGCACACUUGAUGUACCUUUGCAAGCAGCAAAUACAGAAAACGAAAUUUUACAUACACAAAUCUUACUCAUUUAAUGAGCGAUGACUGGA